AUGUCUGCGCACUUUUUGUUGGGCCAUUCAUCUUUUGUUCGCUUGCAUCUAUGCGUUGAGUUUAUUGUUUCUUACUCUCUUAUUUUUCUAAUUCUCUCUUUUUUCCCCUCUUCUCUACAAUUUGACUUUUACUUUCUUAUCUUUUCUAUUUUUCUUCUCCCUUUCUUCCAAUUUGUCUUUUACUGCUCUUUAUUUUCUAAUUUAUUCUCUUCACAAGCUUUUGAUCAUACCUUUUUCGUCUUUUCUCUCUAUUUUCUCUCAUACUAUCUCUCCUUUGUAGGAAACUCUCCGUGUUUUACCCCCUCCCUCUGUAUCUCCUUUCCUUCAGUUACAUUCCGCUUUCUUCUUUCUCGCUGUCCUUCCAUACUGCGAGUCUCUCUCUACUUUUUUCAUUUGAUCUCUCUCUCUCUCUCUCUCAUGGAUUCAUUGUAUCAGUCUUUCUGUCUACAGAUUUUUGUUUCCCUCUGCUCUCCUUUUUUUCUUUCUAUAUUCCUUUAUUCCAUAUUUCCUCACCUCUCUCUCUCUCUUCGUUCUUUGUUAUUUUAUCACUCUCCAACGAUAUCUCCCUCAUACUCUCUUCCCCGCGCGCUGUUCUUCCUACUCCGUCUCACUCUCUUUCUCCCUACGCCUCGUACAUAG